CGCAACACGGAAAACUAUCUGCUCAAUGAGAUAAACUUCUCACAAGGGUGAGACUGAUGACAGUUUAAAGUUGGUCAUUUGUGUGAGUUCUUACCGAAUGCAUGUCGUAUGAAUAUCAAUAAUAUGGAUACAAUUCUUGUGCUGUUUCUACUUUCUCUUCCAACAGCUGCUCCAAAUGACUCUUAUACCUUUUGGGCAUCUGCCAUUUACACCAAAGGACAAACCCCCUUUCCCAAGUAUUUUGGCACAAUGAUGUUGAAUGAUGUUAGACUUGUGUACUAUAAUGGCGAGACAGACACCUUCAUUGGAAGAGGAAAUACAACAAAUGAAGAAUCAGUGUUUAAUUCUAAUGAGCUGCAUAACAUAGGUCAAGCCAUACAAAACAGAUGGGCAAUAGUAGAACACUUCCAUAAACCAGAGGGUUUUAGUACUUUUCAAGUACUGGUUUUGUGUCAGCUGGACAAGGGCCGACCAGGACAAAUGAUCACAUGGGAGGCUUUACAAGGCUCCACCAUAGAUGAGCUCCAUUGGUACAAUGGUACUUUAAAUUACACAGCACAGGUGCCAACAAUCGAUUAUAAUGCAACUUCAAAGCAGUUUGAAAAUUUGUUUUACCCUUAUUGCAUACAACUGCUCAAUGGUUUCCUUGGAAAAAGAAUAAAUCAAGUAAACAGAAAAGUAAAACCUGAAGUUCGUUUCGGCCAGAAAUCUCCAGGGCCCCAUCUGCUUUGCCGGGCAACAGGAUUUUACCCUCGUGACAUCAAUAUGACCCUGUUCAGAGACGGACAGCUUGUAGCUGAUCAUGAGAUCACUGGAGGAGAUCUUCUCCCUAAUGAUGACGGGACGUACCAGAUGAGGAAGAUUCUGGAGAUCAGUGCAGAUGAGAAACACAUAUACAGCUGCACUGUUUCACAUGUCAGUCUAGAUAACAAACUCAGUUUGGAGUAUGAUAACCGGACACCAUUAAAGUUAGUGAUCAUCUUAAUCCCAACAGUUUUGGGUUUGGUGCUCAUAUCUGUGACUGUAAUUGCCAUAAUUCAAGCAAAAAAGCGACGUGGAGUGGCUGUAGUUCCUGUUUUUCUAUGGAGGAGGAAACAUGCAGGUAAGGCAGGAGUACCUGUGCAACAUGUGAACAGUGUGGACUCUGGUCACAGCAAUGAUUCAAUGAUUAAUGAUUUGUAAAUACCCUCAUAAGACGAUUCAUUAUAAAAUUCUUCACAAAAUCUAGCCUGUUAAUUCAUCCAUCUUUAAAUAAAAGUAUGUAAUUCACAAAAACGGUCCAUUUCAGUGUUUUAAUAUUAUAUAUGGUGUUGUUCAUUAACAUUAUUGGUGCAUUUUUGUGUUUUAAAUUUCUAAGGUUGGUUAAUUUAAUAUACUGAUGGGCUGUUUUAAUCUACAUAAACGUGUCAUAUUCUCUAAAAUAAAAUAUAUUUUUUCUGGCUCCGUAUUUGUUUAAAAAAGUCUGAAACGUCAUUGCUGUGGCCUGCUGGCUGCUGCUGUCGCCACGCAACAUAAGCAGGUGACGCAAUUAGGAAAUCCUAAUUCAAUUCAGUUCGGUUCUUGUACUUUUCAAGUCCUCGUUUUUAAAUCCGCGACCUUCUCUGUGUGUGCGCGUGGUGUGACGUGCACCUGGUGAUACAAUUUUGUGAUAUAGAAGUGUCAUACUUGGUCGCUAGUUUACCUGCCUCUGGUAAACCUUGCUCUCUUUACUUGUUUAUUUUUACAGGGACAAUGCACAAUUAAAAGUAAUUGCACCAGAGUUAGCUAAUAGCUUAUUUACAUCUGCUGUCCCUGGGCAGGUAAACAAAUAAAAUAACAUGCAAUAUUACAUAUACACCAGAACAUCACAAUACAUGUAUCCAGAUAUGUAAGAUUAAUUAAAACGGUAUAUAAAAAAACACGGGACUUACAACAGUCAUUAUAGUGGUUGCAUAUUUGUUCUGAUAGUAGCCAAUGCGUAAGAUUAAUUAAGAAAACUGUAUCUGUCAAUGCUUCGGAUGUUUGUAGGUAAGGAAUUCCAUAACCUCACUACUCUAAUUACUCUCCUGUUUAAGCUGUGUAUGAGUGUCAUAUCUGCUUCUUGGGUUGAUGCUAUAGCCUUUUUAAACAUAUUUAUUAAUUGUGCCUAAUAAAGUUUUGUAUUUUCCGAUAUUCACGUCUUGGAACCCAUUCUUCACACUAGUGAACAUGUGCGCUCCCUUUUUGAUUCAUUUAGUUCCCUGGUAACAGCGUGGCGUGGUCUGCUACAAUGAUCUUGUUAGUGUUCCCAUACCACUUCGUCACAGGUGGCAUUUUCUUUGCAGUCUGAUGUUGUUUUAUGUAAGGCUUCCAUUGAAAUGUGGUGUUUUGUUUGU